UUGAGAAAUAAACAGCCCUAUAACAAUCUUUUAUAGGUCUACAUAAUAUAGAGCUCUUAAGCUCGGGCUUAAUCGCACAAUCAGGUUAAAGUGCAUGCAUUAUUUUAAUGAACAGUCUAUGAACCUAGAAAAAUGACUAAUUUCGAACCCGGAGACUACGUUACACUCAGCGUUGGAGGGGUGGAGUACACGACCACCGUUUUAACAUUGACAUCAUUCACAGAUUCGAUGCUGGGAGGGAUGUUUAGUGGCCGAAUUGAGGCAAAAAGAGACCAUGCCAAAGGCCAUUAUCUUAUCGACAGGGAUGGUGAACUUUUCAGGUACGUUCUAAACUUCUUAAGGAAUCGAACGCUGGGUAUUCCGGAAGAUUUUAAACAACUUCAUAUGCUUCUAUUAGAAGCAGAAUUUUACCAGAUAGAACCGAUGUGUGAUGCCCUUCGACAAUUGCUGCAAAAGCCAGAUCCCGAGGUAAUCGAAAUUCAGGUUAGAUCGUUCCAAGAUGCAAAUCAAUGGAGUCAAGGUGUUUGGAAACAUGAAGGGAGCAAAGCAAACGAGUUUCAUAGAUGGAAAAUAUACGGCUUAAAAGAGACCCUCGGGAAGGUAUCUUGUCUCGAAAGCAUAUUGAUUAAAAAACUUAAAGGACUAUCAACUACUCCUCAAGGAGACAUCGAAAAAGGUUCCAUGCGAUUGGAAUUUCUUGAAACUGCGUUUCACGAUCAAACAAAUACACCCGAGGGUUUCGGUCGCUCAAAGAUGUUCCUAGAGAUUGGGAUGCUUGGGUUCACGCUCAAAGCAACAGACACCCACUGGCCAAGUUUGCCACACAGUAUUAACAAUUAUACAAAUUCCGAUGCAUAUCGGGCAUUGUGGCAACAAUGGAUAUUCACUAGAGUGUAAUAUUGCGUCAGAGACGGAAAAGAACAGGAUGCAAAAACAUAACACUAGUGAAUAUUCUUCAUUCCCUCCCAAGUAAUUAAAAAGAAAUGAUUGAAAGAUGAUUAUAUUAGUUAAAUUAAAGAAAAAACAAAGAACAAAUGUAGACUCCGUUCACAAAAUAUCAUUUUUUGCACAUCAGGCGUCUUUAAGAUAAUUUAAGUAUACUAAUUCAUCAUCACAUCACCACCUCCACCGACAUCGUCAUUGUCUUCAUCAUCAUCAUAUUAUAACCAUCGCCACGAUCAUCGCAUUUUAUUAAUAUCUGCCCAUCAUCGCAAUCUUAUCAUCAUCAUCUUCACCACUACCACCACCACCACCAUCAUCAUCAUCAUCAUCAUCACCAUCAUCACCAUCAUCAUCAUCAUCAUUCACCACCAUAAUAGUAAUUAUCAUUUAUUUUCAUACACCUCUUCCUACUUUCCCCAUCAUCAUCGUUUUCAUUAUCAAAAAACCUUUCGUUAAUAUUUGAUAUGGUCAAAAUCUUGAAAAUGUGACUACUCUCCUCAGGGGCGGCGGAGCCGAGGCGCACUUGCCCCCCCCCCAUCAUUCCAUGUAGGGAAAAAAAUGCAUGUCUUUUUCAAGUGCCCUUUUUCCAAAAUGAACUGUGCCUUUUCUCACAAUGAAAUACUAUUAUUGAAGUAAAACAAUACAUUUUGGGUAAGAAAAUCACACAAUUUUUGGCUUUCGCUUCGCGUACUCAUUCUGUCCUUGGUUACAAAAAGUGCUUAGAAUUUCCAGUUUUCAGAUUUGAAUUUUCAAAACCGCUCGCUCACUACAAUCACUCGCGGAUAAAAUAAACCCUAUCAGAUAUCACUUCAAAAAUAACUAAAAACAAAACUAAUUCACGCAGAUGAUAAUAUCAUGAUGAAAAUAUCCGUUUACAACAUCAUGCUCAUUUUGACAUAUCAUAAGCGCUUUUUUGCUCUAAUUGCCCCCCCCCCAGCGAAAUUACGUUUCACCGCCCCUGACUGUCCCAAUGUCAUGUUCAAAUGUGGUUUCGCGGUGAUACUCAAUGAAGUAUACCAACUAAAUAUUCUUGUCAACAGUUCGAUUAAUCAUCGAUGUCAUUAAUGAAAUAAAAACAAUACAGUACAAUACAAUACAAUUCAAUUCAUACAAUUAAAAGAUUGAUGGCUUCAUUUUCAUAGAGAUAUUACAGUUAAAAUUAGUAUGAUUAAAAUGCCUUGGGAGAUCAAACUCAAAUAAAAAUAUGUACAUCCCGAACUUGAUCUCUGUUGAUCAUCUACGUACAUCGAUCAUUUAUUUUUUUUACCAGUGCGAGAAAAAAUUACCUUCCCCAUUGUCUUUUUAAACGGUGAGUUAUACUAAAUUAUUAUUGUUUACAAGAUGAGAAUAAUUGCGCGCAUGCUCAUCUUCAUAAAAUCGACUACAACUUCCAUCAACACAAUAUACUACUACUACUACUACUACUACUACUACUACUACUACUACUACUACUACUACUACUACUACUACUACUACUA